AUGGCAGCAGAAAGCCUGGAGACAGAUGGUCCCAGAUCGUCCAUGCCGCCAGAGCUCCACCAUCCCCACUCUGAGUAUUCUCAGUGGAAGUUCAAACUCUUCAGGGUGAAGUCCAUGGAGAAAGCCCCUCUGCCCAGUGAAACUCGGCCUGAGAUUUCACCUACGGCAGCUCCAAAUAUAGAAAUAGAUCAUGCUGCGGGUCCAGGGAGUGUUAUGAAAUUAUGCCUGGGAGGGAAAAGCAAGGAAAAUGUGGAGGGCCCUGGCAGGAGAGUAGAUGUGAAGCUACAGGAGAUGGAAACCCACAUGGACCACCUCAGGGGUUUGUGUCGUGUCUGCGGAAUGGUUCUGAGGAAAGUCAAAGGACCAGUGCAUGAUGUUCAUGGAGAUCUGGAUGAGGUGAGCAAGUGUGCCUUGCGUAAAAUGGGCUGCAAGUUCCCAAGCUGGCCAGAAGUCAUCCUUAAAGUCUUCAAAGUGGACGUGAUAGAGGACACAGAAUCUGUCCACCCCCUUUCCUUCUGCCACCGCUGCUGGAUGGUUGCCAUUCGAGGUGGGGGGGUCUGCAGCUUCACCAGAACAAGAGUGCCCGAGUGGAAACCUCACUCUUCCCUGUGCCACCUCUGCUACCCCAAAAAAACAUCAUUCCAGAGGACUGGAAGGAAGAGGAGGAAAGUCAUUCCAAGAGCACAGAGCCUGGUAAAAAGGACCAGAUGGGACUGCGACGCCAUCGCUGUUGGUGAGAGGAGAGUUCUGAGACCAUUUGGAGACCGUCAUGGUCCUGCUCUCAGGGCCUGGAAGAAGUUCAGCAUCCAGAGAGAGCAGUGGGUGAGGAACAUUACACGCUGCCAGAAAGAUCACCUGAGCACCAAGUUGCUCUCUGAGAAUCUCCCUGUGGACUUUGUUGCAUCUUUCACCUGCCUAGUGUGUGACCACCUGCUCUCUGAUCCAGUUCAGUCCACCUGUGGGCACCUCUUCUGCCGUAGCUGCAUUGUAAAAUUUACCCACGUUCUAGGACCUCACUGCCCUGCCUGCAACUCGCCCUGUACACCCGAUAGUCUCACCUCACCUGCCAAAGUCUUUUCAUCUGCCCUCCAUUCCCUACCUCUGCUCUGCCCCAGUGAGGGAUGUCGUGAGCAAGUGAGGCUGGACUCAUUUAAGGCUCACUGUCUGAGCCACGAGCUGAAGGAAAAUGAAAACCAGAGUCUGUCAGAACUUGAUAACUUCCUACUAACCAAUAAAGGGGGAAGACCUCGCCAGCACUUGCUCUCGCUAACCCGUCGUGCCCAGAAGCAUCGACUGAGGGAUCUGAAGAACCAGGUGAAGGUGUUUGCAGACAAAGAGGAAGGUGGUGAUCUGAAGUCUGUGUGUUUGACGCUGUUUCUGCUUGCACUGAGAUCUGGGAAUGAACACCGUCAGGCAGAUGAGCUAGAGGCCAUGAUGCAAGGCAGAGGCUUUGGGUUGAGUCCUGCUGUGUGCCUGGCCAUUCGGGUCAACACAUUCCUGAGCUGCAGUCAGUAUCAUAAGAUGUAUCGGACUGUCAAAGCCACAAGUGGCCGCCAGAUCUUCCAGCCUUUGCACACGCUUCGAGCUGCAGAGAAGGAGCUUCUCCCUGGUUUUCACCAGUUUGAAUGGCAGCCAGCUCUCAAAAACGUGUCCCCAUCCUGUAAUGUUGGCAUUAUUAAUGGGCUCUCUGGAUGGUCUUCCUCGGUGGAUGACGUCCCAGCUGACACUAUCACUCGGCGCUUUCGGUACGAUGUGGCACUUGUGUCUGCCUUAAAGGAUCUGGAGGAGGACAUCAUGGAGGGGCUGAGGGAGAGUGGGAUGGAAGACAGUGCCUGCACAUCAGGUUUUAGUGUCAUGAUCAAGGAAUGUUGCGAUGGCAUGGGUGAUGUCAGCGAGAAGCAUGGCGGGGGACCAGUUGUUCCUGAGAAGGCUGUUCGUUUUUCUUUCACUGUUAUGUCUGUCUCUGUCCUGGCAGACGAUGAGGAGGAGGAGGUUACCAUUUUUACCGAGCCAAAGCCAAAUUCAGAACUGUCCUGUAAGCCUCUGUGCCUGACGUUUGUGGAUGAGUCAGACCAUGAGACACUCACAGCUGUCCUGGGGCCCAUAGUUGCAGAACGUAACGCAAUGAAAGAAAGCAGGCUUAUCUUGUCCAUGGGUGGUCUGCCUCGAUCCUUUCGCUUCCACUUCAGGGGCACGGGAUAUGAUGAGAAGAUGGUGCGUGAGAUGGAGGGGCUGGAGGCCUCUGGGUCCACGUACAUCUGCACUCUAUGUGACUCCAGUCGUGCAGAGGCCUCUCAAAACAUGGUGCUGCACUCCAUCACCCGCAGUCACGAAGAGAACCUAGAACGCUAUGAAAUAUGGAGAACCAACCCCUUUUCUGAGUCAGUAGAUGAGCUGCGUGACAGAGUCAAAGGGGUGUCUGCAAAGCCCUUCAUGGAGACGCAGCCAACGCUAGAUGCAUUGCACUGUGACAUCGGCAAUGCUACUGAAUUCUACAAGAUCUUCCAGGAUGAGAUCGGAGAGGUGUAUAAAAAGGCCAACCCCAGCCGGGAGGAACGGCGCAGCUGGAGGGCGGCCUUAGAUAAACAGCUGAGGAAGAAGAUGAAGCUUAAACCAGUAAUGAGGAUGAAUGGGAACUACGCCCGCAGACUAAUGACCCAGGAGGCUGUGGACGUGGUGUGUGAGCUGGUGCCCUCAGAAGAGAGAAGAGAGGCCCUGAGGGAGCUCAUGAAACUCUACCUCCAAAUGAAACCUGUAUGGCGUGCCACCUGCCCAGCCAAGGAAUGCCCUGACCAGCUAUGCCGCUACAGUUUUAACUCUCAGCACUUUGCUGACCUCCUCUCCACUACCUUCAAAUAUAGGUACAACGGAAAGAUAACAAAUUAUCUGCACAAGACCCUAGCCCAUGUACCUGAAAUUAUAGAGAGAGACGGAUCCAUAGGAGCCUGGGCCAGCGAGGGGAAUGAGUCAGCAAACAAGCUGUUCAGGCGUUUUCGCAAGAUGAAUGCACGCCAGUCUAAGACCUUUGAACUAGAGGACGUGCUGAAACACCACUGGCUGUACACGUCUAAGUACUUGCAGAAGUUUAUGGAAGCUCACAAGGACUCUGCGAAGGCUCUACAGGCUACCAUUGACCCAGUAGAGAUCCAGGAUGAUGAUGAAAUGUCUUUGGAAGUUCCUGAUUUUUGA